AUGCCGGCCAAACGGAAGGUCAGAGUUCCUCCCUCACUACAUGAAGAGCUUCAAGAAUAUACCUCGCUGCUCCGUGCUCUCGGCGCAACAGAUACGCUCUCUGUGGCAAGAAACAUUGCCCAUGCCCCACCAAACCCGAAGCGCCGAAAGAUUGUGGCCAACAUUGAAGAAGACGACCGUGGCGAGGGAAGCUCUGCAUUUGUUCCAGUCGCUGUAGAGAAGCCUACACGCACUGCAAGUAGUUCGACUCGCUGGCCGCGACUCCUCGGGGAUGUCAACCUACCAACGUUUGGAUUUGCCGACGAGAUUGGUUCAAUCGCACGUCGGUGUUUGCCCGCAGACGACAACACCGACCUCAAUGAAGAGCUUGAAGACAUUCUGCCACCGAUAGUUGCUUCUGCCGAGGCAUUUCUCUCCUCGACACUUGCUCUUCUUGCCCACUAUACUCCCCCUCGACCACAAAGCAUGCAGAAUCGUCUGAACCCGCUGCGUUGGCAGGAUGUGCUAGAAAUCAUGGCUGCAUGUGGCGACGUCGAUGCGACAAUGAUUUCGAAUGUGAAAGUACGACUGGAGUCUAUCUAUGGACCAUACGAAACCAAUGCGAUUGAGCGCCUGCGUCUGCGAACUAUGGAGCCUCCGCGCGCUCAAGCUGCGCUACAGUCAGCGGAUGACGCCUUGUUCAAGCCCUGGGGGGAAAGUCCGCAUCCACUUGUUGCAGCAGAUGCAGAAGACUACUGGGAUAUAGAAGAACCGGAUGUCAUUCCCGAGCAAAUCCUCGACGGCGACGAGUUGAAAUCCGUUACGAGUCGUUCCCACUCCCCACCGCCACGCUCCUCUUCGCCAUUUGACCGUCCAAUUACUCCCUCUGAGUCAUUCGCCGGCGAAGAAGAUGACAAAGAUGAUGACGACGAAGAAAACAGUGAUUCUGAUUCCGCCAGAGACGAAAACUCUUCUCCCAGUGAACAUUCUUCUGCAUCGUCCACAAGAAAGCAAAGCAAAGCCCCUUCACCGAAUGAUCAAUCUUCGGAAGGAGACCAAGACGAAGAAGAAGAAGCAGAAAUGGCAGUCUCGGAAACAGAGCCAAUUGUGAUUUCAGACGAAGAGGGGUUUACAUAUGACCCCAAAGCCUCGAUGUACACUCAAGACGACGAGGACUCGUCUUUUGACGAAGGGAAGCCGCGUCGAAAAUCCAUAGGGCGGUUUGGAGGAUAUUACUAG